AUGACAGCAUUUGCGCUGGUGACGAAUGAAGGUCGGGACGAAAAACAAUGGCGAUUUUCCUUUGGAGGCAAAGACCACAAAAUGCGAGAUCAAGUUGAGAAGCUUGUCAAGCUUCUGGUGUUUUCUGAUGCCGUCAUUAAGCAAGCGGUCAGCGCACGGCCACACGCCGCUUUAGCAUGGUCCGGCGUUUCCAUAUUUCUUCCGCUUCUCUCUGGUGCCUUUACAAAAAAUGAAGACAUGGUCAAAGGGCUAGCUAGCAUUGGUGACAUCCAGCUCUACUGGAAAACAUUCUACUCUCAGAUACUAGAGUAUCAAAUUCGAGCUGUGCAUCAUUUAUCGAAGACACAAUCCGCUCGCGCCUGGCAAAAAGUUGCAGGGUGGAGCGACUGGAGGCAGAAUACAAUUGCGAUUGAGAAGGCUAGUGAGGCUUGUAAGACCCAUAUACCGCCGCUUCAGCAACGGGAGGCCCGAGAGAACUUCUCGACGGAAAUGUCAAAGCUCGAUAAGCUCUUUCAGACUGAGCGAGAUAUCUUGCAGUUGAUGCGAGAGAGCCGGCUCAAAGACAAAGAAGGAACAGUUCUUCAAGAACUCUUCUCAGCAGGGUCUAGCUAUGCCUCGGAUAAAGACUUCAAUCCUACACAAGUCCAGGGAACAUGUGAAUGGCUCUUCAGCGACCAGACAUUCUGUUCCUGGAGGGAUAAUCUGGAGUCCGAUAUUUUCUGGAUAUCUGCAGGCCCAGGCUGUGGCAAGUCUGUUCUGUCCCGCGCGCUUGUCGACCAUGGCCAUCUCCAGAGCAACAGUUCGACAAUUAGCUUCUCUGGCACGGCGACGGUUGAGAACCGUACCGCCACGACAUGCUACUUCUUCUUCAAGGACGACUCUUCCCGCCGAAAUAACCUGUCGCGGGCUUUGUGCGCCAUCCUCCAUCAGCUGUUUUCGAAUCAGGCAACCAAGGCACUCAUCUCUCACGCUGUUUCGGCGUAUCAAACCAAGGGUAAAGCCUUAAUGGAGGAUCCUCACAGUUUAUGGAAUGUCUUAGCCCGAUGUGCCGAUGAAUGGUCUGGCGGAGCCAUUAUCUGUCUGCUCGAUGCGCUCGAUGAAUGCCAAAGUAAUGGCCGCUUUUCAUUGCUGACUAUGCUCAAGGAUUACUACUCACAAGAUGGACGAACUGGAAAGCUCAAAUUUCUGAUCACAAGUCGACCGUAUGACGAUAUUGAGCAGUCUUUUCGAAACUUGGCAAGACGGGCGCGUUUUCUGCACUUUGACGGGGACGAAAAGCACGAAGAAAUUAGCAGCGAUAUCAAUCGUGUCAUAGAUGGGCGAAUGGAUGAUUUUGCAGCCGAUUUCGAGCCUAGCGACCGUCGGAAAAUUGCAGAACAUCUCAAACGCCGGGGGACAAGAACAUACCUUUGGCUGCAUUUGACCUUGGACAUUAUUAAGCAGAGUCCGAGCGAAUACAGUCGUCGCAGAGACAUCGAAGCGCUUUUAGCGAGCCUACCACUACAAGUAUCGGAGGCCUACGAAAAGAUUCUGAAUCGCAGUAAGAACCAUCAGAUAACUGUGACUUUACUGUCAAUACUGCUCGCGGCGACGCGACCGCUCACCAUCACCGAAGCCAACUACGCUCUUACUAUGGCGUUGGCAGAGACGCCAUUCCGAGCACACAUCGACGCAGCCGAUCAACGAUGGAAAGGGAACUUCAAAUCCGUUGUGAAGAACUUUUGUGGUCUAAUUGUCAAUGUAUACGACAACAGACUGUCUUUUAUUCAUUUGACUGCUCGAGAGUUUCUUCUUUCGGAUCCCUCGCCAAUUCUCCAAUGGAAGGGCCGUUUCGCAGACCGUUCUGUUCUACAUAAAGACAUUUGCGACUGCUGCGUCUCUUAUCUGCUCUUGGAUGACUGGGCUCAUGAGGCAAAAGAACCGACAGCUCCUAGCAUUCUCAGGCUUUUGAGAGAAUUUCCGCUCUUUUCCUAUGCUGCGGUCAGCUGGUUCAUGCAUCUAGAAUACCUGGACCACACUUCUUACAAUUCUCUGAAACCAAAGGCUCGUCUUCUGGCAACAACGAAAGGGCCCUAUUUAAAACUGUGGGCCAAGUCAAAUAUCAUCCGCAAAUCAUACCGGGAACACGACUACUUCGAGAAAUGGACUGAUUUGGCUGUAGUAAGCUUCCUCGGAUUGCGUGGUAUUGUGGAAGACAUGCUGGAGGAAGACGGCAUCGACGUGAAUGCAUGGAGCGCUUACUGGGGUAGCGCUCUGCAGGUCGCGGUCUCCUCUAACAGCGUGCCCAUCGCAAAGAUACUUUUACAUCGCGGCGCUGACGUGAACUCGACAUCUGGAGUUAAAGGGACGGCAUUAACUAUAGCAGCUCGAAACCGCAACGCCGCUCUCGUUGAGCUUCUCUUGUCGUAUGGAGCGAAUGCCCGCACAAGUAGCCAAGAUAUCUUUGACAACGCACUCUUCGCCGCUGCGUAUACUAAAAAUGGCGAAAUAUUCCGCGCCAUAUUGGCCACACUUGUCAAUCUUGAUACUGUGGAAGGCGUUGAGGCCGCAGUCAUUGACGAGAGCGUCAUGGGCCGGCAUGCGUAUUGCAUGAGCAUGCUCAUCAGUGUUCUGGGCCCUGAAAUGCCACUGACUCAGCGCAUGGCUGAGGUGUUGAUGGACGAAGUCCAGGUCGCCAACAAAGUACUGAGAAUGAUCAUCAGUCGAACAAAUCGAAGCAUAAUCCUCACGCCGCACAUGUUUGGACAAGCGCUCAAAGGAGUAAAUGGUGCCGAUUCGCUACGCACCAUACUAAUAACCGCUGAUGCCUACAAAAUGGGGCUGACAGAGGAAGCGCUCGCGUGUGCUGCUAGAUUUUCAGAUGUGGAAACCAUGGAUCUCCUGCUGAAGCAAUGUACGGGUCUCGGAGCUGUCACUAGCAAAGUUCUAAAAGGCGCAAUUAUGAACGAACCAGGGCGAUGCGCUGACAUGCUUCGAUUUCUACUCAACAAAAAUAAAGACAUUGUCGUGAUUGAUGAAGACGUGGUAUGGCUCGCUGCUUCCAGCAACGAUGUCGGCCUAGUAAAGCUCGUUGUAGGCCACCCUGGUUUCAUGGCGGGGGUGGCCCACGACUUCAUUAGCACUGCGAUAGAGGCAACAAAACGAGCAAGCAAUGCUGAGAUUGUGAAAUACCUUCUAGAGCAAAGCGGGGAUGAGGUUAUAACAAGCGACGCCAUUGUUGCUGACGCGGCCCGGUACGGGACCCCAGAGAUGAUGAAACUGUUUCUCGAUCAAGUGGACGAUGGAUUUGUCCCGUCUGAGAACAUUCUAUGCGGAGCAGCAGAAAAUGUUCGAUGCGCUAUGCCUAUGUUACACCUCAUUGUACGACGAUUCAGUGAGCAUGUUGUCUUCACUGAGAACCUCCUCCGCGCCGCGCGGCAUGGAUUUGACGUUAGCAACUGGCUUCUCAAGGGAUACGGAGACCAAUUUCUCAUCACUGCCGAGCUUCUAUGUGACGUUGUGGUCUGUCACGAGUGGAACCUGAUGCUUUUUAUGGAGUACAAACACCAAGAGCUGCAACAACAUGCCCCUACGGUGCUGCUCGCGCUGGCGCAGUGCUCUGAGCGGUGCAAUCUCAGGUCACUGUUGGAAAGCUACAUCACUACCAGUAUGGUUACCGAAGAGGUCCUUCUUGGGAUUUUGCGUAAAAGGCGACGGAAAAUGCUGAUGACUGAGAUUCUGGAGCAGUUCGGUCCAGAUCUCGUCAUUAGCGAGGGUGUUCUUAAACGAGUGGUCAUGGUACCAGCCGACGCACCAUAUUUGCUCAACAUGAUCAAGGCCCGAUGUCCACGAUGCUUUACCGUUACGGAGGGUGUGCUUGAAGCGGCAGCCACAGAAGGGCGAGAGGAUGUCCUUGUCUUUCUCUCCGAAUUUGGAGGCAGUGGCGUCGUUAUUGAGAACAAGUGGUGGCUGGCCGCUCAGUUUCGGGCCGCGGCGAACGUCGGUGAUCGAAAGGGAAUGCAGCAUGCGAUUGACAAAGGUGCCGAUGUAAACACCCAAAACAUCGACGGCGAGUCAGCGCUCAAUCGGGUCACCCGGAUCAAGAAUGACUGGGCGGUUGAGUUCUUGGCAGCGCAGCCAGGCAUCAAUGUUAACAUGCAGGACGAGAAAGGGCUCACGCCGUUGCACUGCGCAGUCAUGUCGGGUGCCCAGCAAUCGAUUCGGCUUCUCGUGGCUGCAGGAGCCGAUCCCGACCAGGCGAACAAUGAUGGCCUGACACCAUACAUGCUUGCGUGUGAAAACCCGCGUAUGGCAGAAAGGACCAUUAGGAUUUUGAGGGACGCCAGAAAGCAAUGA